GGCCCGUGCCACGUGGACGACGCACCGGGUUCCCGUCCAGGUGGCCGGAGCAGCUCUCGCUCUCUAUCUGUCGGCGCGCGGAGCGGGAGAAGCCGUUUCUCGCCGGCUCUCGUACCCGCUGCCUCCCAUACCCACGCGCCCCCCUCUCCCGUCUCUCUCUCUCUCACCUCGCCGCCGCCUCCCGCCCGUAACCCUAGCCCCCUCAGGCGAAGCGCCCCUCCCGGUGGCGGCGGCGGAUCCGAGCCGGGCUCCUGUGGUGGCCCCGGGUCCGUGUCGGUGGAGCUCCAGGCGUGUUUGGGCGGUUUUGUGUGCUCCUGCUAGCUGGAAUUUUGAUUGGCUCGAGUGUCAUCUUGAGAGUGUCAGCAUGCUAUGUAUGACUUGCAAUUUCUGAUCACAUGGAUGGCUUCUGAAGAUUUGAUUCAUUGAUUGUAUAAGGAACAUUGACUUCUUUUCCAUAAUAAAUAUGGGAUCUAAUUGCUGCAUAGCUGCCAAGGAAACGCCACAGCCAUGUAUGGCUCCAGUAGAAGUUUCAGCAUAUAGGAUAAGACACUCGCCAUCAUGGAGCUUCCGGUGGGACAACCGUACACACAUAGAGGAUAUAAUGGAGAACAAUGUGGUGUUCUCUAAUCACAGUAGUGGAAACAUUCAACCAGAAGUGAAGAGUGAUUUCAUUCCACCAACUGAAGGCCAUACUAGUGGGGAUAGCCUUUCUCAUGUGUUCCGCAGGGUCAAAUGGCAAAAAUCUGACAAAAAGAUGGAAGCAUCCAAGCUUUCAAAAGUUGAUCCUCGAGCAGAUCGAUCUACCACAAACAAUUCACCCCCUGAGGAAAGUUCCCGUAAAUCACUAGACAUGGUAACUGUUGCCUCAGAUAUAAAGACAUCAAAGUCUCCUCCUUCAACACUGCCCCCCGUAUCGAAAGCAGAUCCAGAAGAUCCUUCAUCCUCUAUGAUUCACUCUAUUCGCAUGGACUCAAUUUCAACAAGGAAAGCACGUCAAUCACCUGAACACCAAUUAUACAGGCAGAUCUCAGAUGGCAACAUACCAUCCCUAAAGUCUUUUAGUGAGAACAGCUCUGCAGAAAGAAGGCCAUCAAACUCAAUGCUCUCUGCCUGUAGUAAUGAUCUGCUUGCAGGGCGAUCACAAGGUGAGUCAUCUGAUGGGUGUUCAACUUGCACACCUUCUGAAUUGGUGGCUACAGCUCAAAGAGAUAGUUGGUCAGUUGACAAUGAUCUCUUUGGCUCCAUUGCUAGUAAAGUAUCAAAAUCAAAUCACACUGCCCUCUCCCCUAACCUAGAGGUAUGCAAGCUUUGUUCAAAGCUAUUGAAGGAACGAUCUUCAUGGAAUGGUCAUGAGCUAGCAGUUGCUGCUGUUUUAUUCUGUGGUCAUGCAUACCAUGCAAAUUGUUUGGAUAUUAUUACUGCAGAAAGUGAGAAAUACGAUCCUCCCUGUCCUGUAUGCACCCAUGGUGAGACCUGCACAGCAAAACUAUUUGGAAAGCUGGAACCAAAGAUUAAGAACAAGACAUCAAAUAUGGCUGAUAGUGAUCUUGAUCAAAGCUCCAAGCACCAGAAGAAAAGUACAAGAGAACCCAGGUUGGGUACAAGUUCUAGCAUGAAGGACUCGCUUAGCCGACCAUUUUUGAGGAGGCAUUUCUCGACUGGUUCUCGACCACCAAGACCACUUUUGGGAAGUGAGCCAACAAGAAAGAAGGGCUUCUGGUCAAGGCACUGGAGAGAAUAGCCAGCUGGGCAUUAUCUAUGCUGUGAACUUGCAAGGAAAGCACUUACUGGUGUGAGCUCCUGAGCGAGCAACAAUACGGUCUUUUAGUGAUAUCAAAGACGACGCAAAUGAUUGGACUGUCAAACUACCAUAUCAUACGUUCCUGCACAGUUCAUUCAAGCACCCAUUGUGAUAGCACCGUAGCGGGAGUAAAUUUGUCUUGUACUAUACAACCAAGGGUUGCAUUCUCGCAGACCUUGGUCAUAGGUGCAGUAUAAUAGAACAAAAAACGGGUAUAAUCUUCAGGACGCACAUUUCGUGCUGGAUUGUGACGUCGAAAGCCGGCAUGGCAUAUUGUUUUCUUUGCGGCUUUUGUAAUAUUUAUUGCUGGACCGUACACAUAAUUUGGAACUGUAGCAUACAGAUAGUUCUUUA